GUUUACGUAUGUGUUAAUGACAUCUUGCACAAUGAUAAGAAGAAAGUAGGACUUAACUGAACGAUAAUGUGAUGGCUUUUGAUUGGCGGCAUUUCAGAUAAAAUAUCUCUUGGGAAAGGUAUAAGAGUGGAAAAUUUCUUGAUUUUUUCUUAGUAACCCAAAUGAACCUCAAAGUGAAGUGAAUAAUUCCGUUUAGAUUCCUACUUAACAAAGCAAAAUGGUGAAUACGAUAUUUGACAGUGAAAAGAAAAUUUGGAGCUGUCCAGAUAAUCCAAGUCCGCUCUUUCAUGAGAAAGUUACCCUUGGUCGUGCUGUUCUUUAUCUAUUAAAUAUGAACCCUGAGAAGGUUUGCCAAAUUAGUGCCGACGACGGAAGUAAGCGGACGAACGGCGAAAUCUACCUAUCGACGCUGAAGAUCGCCUUCAAUCUUCAGAAGUUGGGCUGCGCGAAAGGCGACGUUGUUGGCUUCAUUUGCAGAAACAGCCAUGAUUUGACUCCAGCAUUCUUAGCAGCUCUCUUCCUUGGAGCCCCGCCAAAUGCUCUGGAUGUGGCUUUCACAAAAGAGGAAAUAGUUCACAUGUUUAAGACAACAUUGCCUAAAUUCGUCUUCUGUGACUAUGAUAAUGUGAUGAAAGUACAACUCUCUCUAUCACAUAUCGACUCUGAUGCCAAGAUUAUCGUAAUCGGACGAAGAGCACCAAAUUUCGCUCACAUUGAAGAUUUGUUGGACGAUGGUGGAAAUCUAAUGGACAUCUUGAAGCUGGCAGUUAUUGCCCCUGAGGUGGACAGAAAAUCCUGUGGAGCGAUUAUUUGCUCAUCCGGAACUACGGGUCUGUCAAAAGGUGUGGCAAUAUCACAUGAGGUCCUACAACUAAUGUUCACCAGAAUUUCAAUGCGUCAGUUUGUCGAAUCGACCGAUUGCGCGUUCAAUUUCAGUUCCCUUUAUUGGUUAUCAGGAUACAUAAUCUUGUUUAUGGGUCUCUUUAUGGGCAUCCCAAGAAUCAUCACGACUAAACCUUUCAGCCCUGAAUUGUUCCUGUCAAUCGUGAAGAAGUACAAAGUGUCGAUCUGCUUUUCAUCACCUAGUAAUGUUAGCGAAUUGCUAAAUUGCCCACAGCUGAAUAGGGACUCUUUGGCGAGCAUAAAAGGCUACUUGUGCUCAGGAAGUCUGAUCACUAAUGAGUUGUAUAGCAAGAUUCGCAAUUAUCUCACCAACGGUCUCUUGCUUAUGGGUUAUGGCAUGACUGAGUGCGGAACGGUUUCGUUCAAUAAUCUGCCUUCAGAUAAGGUGCAUGCGGGCCAAUUAUCUUUUGGAGUACGAGUGAAAAUUUUAGAUAAACCAGCAAAGCAACUAGGAAUCGGGGAAGACGGUGAAAUUUGUCUGAAAUCGCCCACUCAAUUUUUGGGUUACUAUCGAAGUCCUGAAGCCACUGCCGAAAUCCUGGACGAUGACGGUUGGAUUCACACCGGCGACAUUGGUCACUUCGACGAGGACGGCAACCUCAAUAUUUCUGGCCGAUGCAAAGAUAUGUUUAAAUACAGCAAUUAUCAUAUCUCUCCGGGUGAGAUUGAAGAAAUUCUUGAAUCACAUCCAGAAGUCCUGCAAGCUGUCGUGGUGGGAAUUCCUGAUCCUGUUCACAUUGAUCUACCAGCUGCGAUUGUUGUCCGCAAAAGUUCUUCUGUGUCCGAAGAUGAACUCAUCAAGUUGGUUCAAGGUCGUGUGAUGGACUUUAAGAGGCUUCGCGGGGGAGUUUUCUUCGUAAAUGAACUCCCAAUGACGGUGUCUGGGAAGAUUAAGAGAGCAGAAGCUACGAAAUUGGCAAUUGAAUUGUAUAGUAAAAAAAUUGUGUCCAAAUUAUAAAUAAACACACUCUUAACAUUCAAUGCUCAUUGUGAAACAGCUGUUUCGGAACCAAAAUAGAGACGAUUUCAGCUCGUGCGAUAACUGAGCAAAUAAAUGGAAUGAUGAGAGAAAAAUCGUAUUUACAUAAUGACAAUGUACAAUCAGUUAGAGA